AAAUAGACCGUCUGACACGUGUACUACAAGAAAGGGAAAUGGAACUAGAGGAGGAGAGAAGAGAAAAGGAACAAGUUAGAAACAGACUACAGCAACAACUUCAAGGAAGAGAACGACAACUUCAACAAGCACAGCAACAAGGACAAGAAAGAGAGAGGCAUGCCAGAGAAAGAGAGCAGGAUCUUCAACGGCAGCUUCAGGAAAAGGAGAGACAACUUCAACAGGCACAGCAGCAGCUUCAAUCAAGAGAGAGAGAAUCUCAAGAAAGUCAGCAACAGCUUCAAAGGCAAGUAGAAGGUGGCCAGCAAAAAGAACAGGAUCUUCAACGACAGCUUCAAGAAAGAGAGCAACAGCUUGAGGAAAGAGAGAGAGAGUUCCAAGAAAGAGAGAGACAACUUGAAGAGCAGAUACAAGUGGCAGAGUCUUCCUGGGUAGUGAAUAGAAGAGAGAUUACAAUGACAGAGGUAGUCCUUGGUAAAGGAGGAUGGGGAGAGGUGAAAGUGGCCGGGUUUCGUGGUCUGAAGGUUGCUGCAAAGUGUCUCUACGAAGUCAUAAUCUCUCCUUAUAACAUUGGGACAUUCUCUCGUGAAAUGAAUAUUGCUUCUAAAAUACGUCAUCCUAACCUCCUUCAGUUCAUAGAAGCGACUACAGAGGGUAAUCCAAUCAUCCUGACAGAGCUAAUGCUGACGAGCCUAAGAAAGGAAUUAGAGAGUGGAGGAGUGGCCUAUCCUGCAAUACUGAGCAUCAGUUUAGAUGUAGCCUGUGCUCUCAAUUACCUUCAUCUCUUCAAGCCUCAUCCUAUACUACAUAGAGAUGUCAGCAGUGCUAAUGUACUCCUUCAAUAUGUAGGCAACAGUUGGAGGGCUAAAGUAUCAGAUUACGGUACAGUUAGUCUCCAACCUCUUACUAAAACAAGCAAUCCUGGUAAUCCUGUCUAUUCAGCUCCAGAGUCUCCCUACCCAAAUCAACAUUCUCCUGCAAUGGAUGUCUUCAGUUAUGGUGUCCUCCUUAUAGAGAUGGUUGUUUGUGAGUUUCCAGACGUAGGAAAGAGAGUGGCUCAGAUUAAAGCUAUCAAGAGGCUGGCAUUGAAGAAUCUCAUUGAACGUUGUCUGAUGCAGAACUACAAAGAUCGUCCAACAAUGUCUGACAUUAUAAAAGAAUUGAAUGAAAGCAUUUAGUGAUGUAGUGAAUUUAGUGAUGUAGUGUGAAUUACCAUUUUUAUUUAGAUUAUUUUUAGUUUUAG